AUGGGUGGUGAACAAGUAUGUAUGGUUCGAAAACCCGGCAUCACUACAACCAUGAAAAGUAUGAUUUCCUAUAGUGAGGCGAAUGCAAAAUUCUUAGAAACAGUCGGAUGGGGUCUGGAAAAUGAAAAACAGUGUAUUUUAGAUGAAACUAGCCGCAUUUUCAGCGGUAAGCUACCUCUCAAAUAUCUGAUGGGAUUUGCUGAAGAUUAUAAAAGAGCUAUUUUGAAUAUCAAGCAGGAGUUGAUCCUCAUUGUAACUCGCUCAUUCAAGAAUUCCUACAUGGGAGAAGUUGAUGCCACAUUGGAGAUAAACAAAAUCGAAUGGAAGAUUAGACAUGUGAUGCCAUCGGAUAAGCAGAGACUGAAGCUGUUGAAUCGUCUGGAUAGGAGUACAACUGCAAAAGUGAAAAUUGCAUACCGAAUGUGGGAUCUAUAUGAGCUACCAACCAUCCGUGAAACAGCUUCCGAUAUUUGGGCUGUUAAAACUACCAAUAGUCUCGAGCGACCACGAUUCAUCAUCAUAGGCUUCCAGAACUCUGUGAACACAGAUGAUAGAUCUGAGGAUGUCACACAAUUCACCCAUGCAGGAGUCAACAAUAUUCUUCUGUAUCUGAAUGCGGAAGUUUAUCUAUAUAAACGCUGGAAUUUGGAUUUCGAUGAGAAAUUAGAUGCGAUAGCCUAUUAUGCAUACGAAAAUUUCCAAUGUAGUUACUACGGCAAAGAUAUGGGUGAACCAAUGAUGAGCAUUGAAGAAUUUCGUGCAAACCCCCUAUUCAUCAUCGAUUGCAAUCAUCAACCCGAUGCAAUGAAAUCCUCAACUGUCGACAUCAAGUUGGAGUUUGAAACACGUAAAACAAAGUUUCCAUCACACACCAAAGUUUACGCAUUAAUUCUUCAUGAUGCAUAUUCGACUUAUAAUGCAUUGGAUGGUUCCAUACAGAUGGGUGCUAUAUAA